AUGUCGUCUUCUCCGACCAACCCUUUCGAUCGUGUUUACCACGUUCUUCAGCUCUUCAGUUUGCCCGAAGACCCGUCGCAGGCCCAGGUAAACGCGCUUGCGCCCUGGAACCUUGCUGAUCGUCGUGAUAACUUGCAACUGGAGCACAAUGCCGAGUCGGCUCGCGUGCAUCCUCGUCCUUUGAAGCCGGAGUUAUCCACAAGGCCGUUUUUCUCGCCGGGAGUUUCUCAAGGCCUGGUUCCCGCAUAA